GUUCCACAACCGGGACGACUCCCACUCUGCUGCUGUCAAUAGUGUUACACAAGAAGGGGAUUCACGCAUUCCUUCUUCGAUUAGUCAGGACAAUGCUUCCAACGAAUUGGGCUUUAGCCUAACUAGAGCCCAAUAUCAAGAACUUCUAGGUCUCCUCCGGCAACAGAAACCAAGCACCGAUGCCAGCCCAUCAACGACUUCCUCUCAACCCAAACAUGCCAACAUUUCUCAAUUUUUGGGCAACCUACGGAAUCUUAGAGAUUCACAUGCAGCUCUUGCCUUUGGUUCUUCUGAGACAUCUGACGGGCCUUCAUCUGUCACACGAAUAAUAUCCGAAUGUGAAUCUGCAUUGACAGUCUUAAAUCGUGAUCUCGGAAUUCUCUCUGCUUCCAUUGCUCGUGAACAGGGAGCGAAGAUGAACAUUUGA